AUGUUUCUACAUUAUUUCCUCAAGCUUUUAUCAUUUCUGGCUUCAGCCUGUGGGGAUGUCUAUAGUUUUGGGAUACUGCUGCUUGAGAUAAUCAUUGCCAAGAAGCCCACAGAUGGGAUUUUCCAGGAAGGUUUAAGCAUAAACAAGUUCAUCUCCGAAGUGCAUGAGAGUAAAAUCUUGGAUAUUGCUGAUCCAAGGCUUUUCAAGGAUAAUGAAUCUUUUUCACAAAGCAGCAGUACUAAUUAUUCUUCUGGUGAAGAUAGCAGCAGCAAGAACAAAAACAACAUUGCUUUCAGAGUUGAAGAGUGUGUGGCUUCUAUGGUGAGAGUUGGACUAUCUUUGCUGCUGAUUCAUCAAAAGAACGUUUUACUAUGGAGAAGCCUUAUUGAAGUUGCAAGAGACUAA